GUAGCAGAUAGUCAAUACGCACGGCUGAGUCGACAAUCUCACACCACCUCUAAGCGUAGCUGGAGUUAGCCCCACUCUCCCGGCCUGCAACAACCUCUUGGUAUAGUCACAUAGCUGUUGGAGAACGGUUGUACGGCGUCACCGGCCUGGAACUAGUCGUGCCAUUAGUGUUCGUCACUAGGUUGAAUACAACAGCCCUGUGCUAUGCAUCAGUGCUUAGACGGAUCGUAAUGCGGAAAGGGAGUCGCUUCCUCUAGAAUUACACUGUGUGUGUUCUGGCGUGGUUACUGCGAGUCAGCUCCUGGGACAUCCAUGAAGACGGUUGUGAGUUAAACACUUCGCGUGGAUGCUGAGGAUAUUUUAACUUAUCAGAUUUAAAGUUUGGGCAGUGGUAGAGUUUGUAGAAAGUACGCCAGGAUGGCGAAUUUUACUGGAAGUCCUGCCAUCAGCCAGGCGGAGCUUCAAGAACUCGUCAAGAACUACACCUGUUCAGAUGUGGCCCUCCUGCUCCCUGUAAUCAGCGAGUUCACCUGGGCACCAGAGGUCCGUGCCUUCCUCUACCUACUCGGCCUGCUCUGGUGCUUUCUGGCAGUCGCCAUCAUCGCCGAUGUGUUCAUGUGCUCUAUAGAAAGAAUCACCAGCAAGACAACCAUAGUUCGAGUACCAGAUGCAACAGCCGAAGGAGGAAUCAGGGAACUAGAAGUGAAGGUUUGGAAUGACACGGUGGCCAACCUGAGUCUUCUGGCCUUAGGAACUAGUGCUCCGGAGAUCCUUCUGUCCUGUAUAGAAAUCAUUGGUAAUGGUUUCAGAGCUGGAGAACUUGGUCCUGGAACCAUCGUAGGUUCUGCAGCGUUUAACUUGCUGGUGAUAUCUGGCAUCUGCAUUGUUUCUAUCCCUGACGGAGAGAUCAGGAGGAUCCGUAGCUACAAAGUGUUUGGCGUCACAGCCUUCACCUGCAUCUUCGCCUACGUGUGGCUGGCUAUAGUCUUGAUGGCCAUAUCCCCUAACGUUGUUGAUAUGUGGGAGGCCAUUGUUACUUUCCUGAUGUUUCCAACCUUGAUCGUUGUCGCCUACAUAGCCGAUAAGGACUUCUGUAUGAAGAAAAGCAAACGAGAAGAGCCUGGUUUUGUUGGCAUCUCCUUAGAGCGGUAUACAAAGAAGGCGACCGAGGAUGCCUCAGAGGAUAAGGAUGCCGAGGAAGGACAAGCUGGGCCAUCUACUUCUGCACAGAAUGUCCAUGGAGAUGCUGAACUCUUGUCUUUGGCUAAGGAAUUAGGUCAUAUUGAUGAACUUCCAGAAGAAGAAGCAGCCAAAAUUGCAGCCAAGAAGAUAGCAGAAAACACUUCCCAUAACCGUGGCUGGUACCGAAUCAACGCCACUCGUUUCUUCUCUGGUGGAAAGAAGCUUGUCCCCCGCGUUCUAACCACAUUCCAAGACUUAGCUGAUCGAAAGCUGUACGAGCGUAUCCAGCUGCCGGAGGAGGAACGGGAGAGUCAUUCUAAGUCAAUCACGAAGCAUGUCGACCACAGUGAUGGGGGACGCAAACCUGUCGUCGAGUUCACCGCCGCAGCUGUUGCAGUCAUGGAAAACGAGGGUAAAGUCAGAAUUGGAAUCCGUCGCCAUGGCAAACUGGACGUCCCUGUCACUGUGAGAGUGGAAACCAUCAAUGGUACUGCUCUGGCUGGCGAAGACUACAAGCCGUUUGACGAGAAAGUCAAAUUUGCCAAAAAUGAAAUGCUCCGCCAGAUCUACAUUGAGAUCGUUGACGACUGUGAAUGGGAACCAGAUGAGUUCUUCUUUGUGAAAAUGACCGUCGAGCCUGAGGACGACAUCGCCAUCGGCAACAUCGCCAUCUGUCAGGUCACCAUCAUCAACGACGAUGAGCCAGGGUUGCUGGAGUUUGCAAAGCCCAGUAUCGUCGUGAAGGAGAGUACUCGCAUGGCCUCUAUUCCCGUAUCACGUAAGAACGGCGCUGACGGUCACGUGUCUGUCACGUGGAAGACCAAGGACAUCACUGCGCUCAACAACAAGGACUAUGAGGGAGGAGAGGGAACGCUGAAAUUUGACAACCAGGAAACAAGCAAGACCAUCGACCUGCCUAUCUUUGAGAGCAACAAACCGGAGCGAGAUGAAAGUUUCCAGAUUGAGCUCUUCGAGACAGACGGGGGUGCCACGCUGGGCAAGAUCACCAAGUGCAUCAUCACAAUUGUCAAUGAUGAAGAGUUCAAUGGUUUGGUGAGCCGUAUUGUCAGCCUGACGAAGGCUAACCUCGACUAUCUGCAGCUGGAGAAAUCUACAUACGUCACCCAGUUCAAGGAUGCCAUGAACGUGAACGGCGGUGAUAUUGAGAACGCAACCUUCAUUGACUACAUUCUGCACUUCUGUACCUUCUUCUGGAAGAUCCUGUUUGCCUUCGUUCCUCCAACCCAGUACCUUGGAGGAUGGCCAACAUUCAUCAUUUCCUUGGCAGUCAUCGGCUUUCUGACCGCCAUCAUCGGCGACCUUGCAACGAUAUUCGGCUGUCUGAUUGGUCUGGAAAAAACGAUCACCGCUAUCACGUUGGUUGCCUUGGGAACCAGUAUGCCGGACACGUUUGCCAGUAAGACGGCAGCCACAAUGGAGAAAUACGCUGAUAGCUCUGUGGGAAACGUCAACGGCAGCAACUCUGUCAACGUGUUCCUCGGCCUUGGCCUUCCUUGGGUCAUAGCAACGAUAUACUGGGCUGUAAAGGGCGAGACGUUCGUGGUUCCUGCCGGUUCGCUAGGGUUCAGCGUGGUGUUGUAUACUAUUGCUGCCAUCAUUGCCAUAUCACUCUUCAUUACUCGCCGGUUCGUGGGGGCGUUCGGCAACGGUGAGCUGGGGGGUCCGAAGAUCACCAAAUGGAUUAGUGGUGCAAUCCUGUUAACCCUGUGGAUUUUGUACGUGUUGUUCUCAUCUCUCCAGGCUAAGAAUGUUAUCAACGUUCAAUUUUAGACAUCUGUUCCAAGACGGAAAGGGUGUGGCAGUUAUCUCCCUUUUCUUACACAAGCACUCAAUCACAACUCGCCUCUUUCAUUUAAGUGUGAAGCUCUAUUCCUGACUGGCACGAAUGUGUCAUCUAGGUUGUGUAACCUACUAAAGAGGAAGGACGCAAUCCGUUAGAAGUGUAGGACUGAAUAAAUCAAUAGAACUAUACAAAAGGGGUAUCGUUUUUAACACUCAUUGACUUAAAAUCAACAUAAAAUGAUCGUUUUUUAUCAGCACCCCGACCCAUCCAAUAUGUCAAAUUUGAAGUCCGAAGUUUCAAUGAGUGCUAUGAACAUGAACAAUUUCAGGUUGAACUCUGAUUGUAAUUUGUGACAAUAAUAUGUUGAAUGGAUGAGAGAUGAGAAUCAUUUCAUGUAAAACAAAAUCUAGCAAAAUUAGGAUUAAUAAUAACAACGGACUCAAACUCAUCACACGCGUUUGAUUAUUAUACCGUCAUCACGGCACGGAUCAAUCGUAUAAUACUGACAGAGAUUUAACUGUUGAAAAAACGUCGGCUUUUAGUUUGACGCACACAUUCUAUAGACGUGCAUCCAUAUGCAUUAUCGGGGCGGUCGGGUAGCCUAGUGGUUAAAGCGUUCGCUCGUCACGCCGCAGACCCGGGUUCGAUUCCCGGCAUGGGUACAAUGUGUGAAGCCCAUUUCUGGUGUCCCCCGCCGUGAUAUUGCUGGAAUAUUGCUAAAAGCGGCGUUAAACCAUACUCACUCACUCACCAUAUGAAUUAUCAAUUGAUGUGACAUACUUGUUUAUUGUAGUUUUAUUUUAACAUGUAAACUAUUAUUAACACUGCCGUUCAAUGUAAAUGGAUACUAGGUCUUUUGACACUUUGUAAGAUGACAUACGUUUUGAAAUCACCUUGCUGUCUUUUCUCAUCAUAAGCAACAUAGAUAAACGUGUCACCAGCUCCAUCGUUGGUAUCAAACGUCUGUAUCUUGUGUUGAAAUUUAUUCCAAGAUCACAAUGUGAUCACGAAUAUUUACAUCGUGUUAAAUACUCUUUCGAAUAGGACUAUCACCCAUAGCUUAUGGACUGAUUCUCAGUCUGAAACCAUUCUCAGUCAUGGACACGAUUUUAUACAUAUGUAUAUUAAUAAUCUAAUGUAUAUGUGCUAGCUAGCUAUGUAUAUGUGCCUUGUUUAGUUUGUACAUAUAUCGACUAAACCACUGGAUUCGGCAGCUUUAUAGAGGUGUUCUAUCAGCGUUCUAGUUGUUUUAAUUAGCUAUUUAAUUAUCAUAUUUCAUCUCACUUGUCUUUCUGUGGCAAGUUGUUAAAAAUGAAUGACUGUCAUUGGUGCAUGUGAGGUGUGAAAGUAUGCCUUUAAAUAAACAUUUCUGUUCACUUGAAUUAAUGAUUGCACAUGUUGUCAUAUCGGAGUUUGGUUUAAUAUGUUCAUCAAUUCCAAGAGGCAUUUAUGAUAACAUCUAUUUGAACAAAGUGACAUUGUUCGUCAUAGCGCAUGAUUCUGGAAAAUUUGUGAUCAAAUCGAUUUCAAAUUUACUUUUAUAGUUGUGUAAUAUCGAAAUGUGUUUACACUCAUUUUGUCGUUUGUUUUCAUGUUAAUGCAAUACAGUUCUAUGUGUGGUUACCUGAUUAAUUUUAAAAGAAUCAUGUUUUUUUACAUUUGAAAUUCUAUUUUUAAGAUUUUGUACGAACGAGGCUAUGAAGUGUUCCCAAAAGACAACUACCUCUCAAUGCUUCGUGUAUUUAUCUGCUGUGUCUUGGGUAUCUCAAUGACCUUGAAUGCAAGUGUUUGACAGAACAGAUGAAUGAAAGAAUGAACGAAUGACGAAAUGAACGACUGAUGUUUUCUUAUUAAACAAUGUGGCAAGAGUGAUAGCUCAAUCUCAUCCAACUUGUAGUGCUGUAUUCUAGAAUACUAGCGUAAAAUCGAACUAAAGCCCAGUUAAAUGCCUAGUUUGGCAAGGUUAUUGGCGUCAUACGAAUAUUAUUAUUUUUCUAUUCAAUCUAACAUUCUUGUCACAUGUGGCCUUUUAUGACUUUACUUUGAGUUAUGACCUGUCGCUAUGACAUAGAUAGAUACGUCCCUUGCAUGUUAUUUCUCAGCCAGGGCCUACGUUGUAUCGUGACGUACCUUUUUAAUAUUUAUUUGCUUUUUAAACUAAUUCAAAUAAAAAUUAUCAAACUA